CAUAUUUACACCAGACUGAUAUUAACAGAAGAUGAGGCGAUUGGUUGUUCCUCAUCAUGUGACAUGCGGUGUGGACCAAAAGUUGAACUUGUUUAUCUCAGGGUGCAGCCAUCACGCCCUGAAAAACAAGGUGCUUGGGAAAAGUGAGCACCUGUCCUGAGUCUGAUGUUUAAUGACCAUAACAUUUCCAACCUGAGGAUGGCGUCAAAUGCAACAUUUAUUGUGGUGCAUUUAAUUUCAGGCAGGAGAAGAAGAGGACAGACUGCCUGUGAGAGUCUCAGUAGUCAGACGACAUGUUUGUCAUUCUCCACAGCGCACUUGUCUUCACAAUGCUGCUGUCCUUUGUGCUUUCCCGAGGCUUCUGCCAGCUUGCGGCGGAAGUGAACCGCAGGUCUUGCCCGACCUUUAGCUCUGCUUUACGGGCUUUUACAACCUCAGGUCCCAAAUGCGGAGAGGCGCCCGACAAUGGUUUAGUGGUGACCUACUCACAGCUGAAGAGCAUGCUGUCCAACAGAGACAUUCAGCUCUUUGAUGUGAGAAACCCGGAUGAAUUCCAAGCUGGACGCAUUCCAGAUGCUGUCAACAUCCCAUUGGACAACCUGGAGGAGUCUCUGAAGCUGUCCCCAGAGCGCUUUCAGCGGAUGUUUGAAGUGAAGGCUCCUGGGAAGGAUGACGACAACAUCGUGUUUCACUGCAGGAGUGGGAAAAGGAGCCUCACAGCGCUGGACAUUGCCCAUCGGCUGGGGUUUAGCAGGGCGAGACAUUAUAAAGGAGGGUACAUUGACUGGGAAGAGCAAGAAGGAAAAUGAACCCGGACUGAACCGUGGUGCUUAAGUUCCAGAUUUUUAUUAAGAAUACAGGUAGUGCAAAAAAAAACAAACUACAAAACAUAAAUCAGAGGUGUUUGUUACUCUUGAGCAACAUUCAGUUGACUGCUUAUAAAUUACAAAUUACAUUCACAUUGACUGUUUCUUUAUAAGUUACAUAUUUCAAUCACAUUAACCGUUACUUUAUAGAUUAAAAAAAACACUUUAAAGAUCAACCUUCUUCGCUGUGUUACAUUUUUUUAGCUACUGAUUUGACUGAUUUUGUAAUAUGCUGUGCAUCCUUUUUAUUCUGUGAUUCAUGACAAACUGGUUAAUGUAGAAGUGCUUAAUGUUGAUUAAAUUAUAUACAAAUUUCAAAA